ACGGGCUGCUUCCGCAGCUGGCGUUGGGGUAGCGGUGAGGGCUGUGCUGCGAGGCGUCUGUUUUUCCUGUAGUCCUUUUGUCUCUCUGCUCUGGAGCAGCGCUGCGCCCCUCCUGGCUCCUUUAUUGAGCGGGCUUUUCUCCCCGUCCUCCCGCUUUCGAGAUUCGGCCCUUCCCGCUCGGUGGUGCCGUGGGAGGUUUGCGGAUGCUCGUCUGCUGUCCCGGAGAGGCGUUGCUGCUGUGUUCUGCUUAAAGCUGGGAAGCUUCUGUAAACAAGCCUGAAGUGAGAAAACUUUAAGGAAUAAGAAAGGCGAAAAAGAAAAAAAGAAAGGCGUACUAUCUUUAAUCUGUGUAUGUCAGUCCUCUUCUUAACUUGCCUCUGAAGUUAACAGGUGUGCUCACAUGACUCCCAGUACCUUGGCCUUGCGUGAAGAUGUGGAGCGGUCUGUUACCUCCAGGACUGAAUGAAAGUGAUGUUGACUUGAGCUCUGAGAAUGAAGAGGAGUCAUGCAUUUCCUGUUUGAAGGAAGAACAUAUAAAGGAAGAUGCAGAAAGAGUUCAGCUUCCUGAAUUGCAGGAGGGUGGACCUGAAAGUAAUGCCAUCACUAAAUCAGUUUUGAUAUCCGUGACAGAUGGAGAAAACACAUCUGAAACAUGCCCUGCUGGAAUUCCUUUAACUAUAUGGAAUAAGUUUUUGGAGCUUCAGAAGAAAAACCGUGAAAUGAAAGUGGAAGCAAAUCAGGGGAGCAGAGGCCGAAAAAGAAAGCGGCGCAGAAAAGAAAAACUUGAGAAGGACAAAAAAGAAGUGACUAAGAGUAGUCAGCAGUUGACCAAUGAAGACCACUGGAAAGAACUUACACAGUACUUUGGAAUCAAUGAUAGAUUUGAAUCACCUGUGGAUAGCAGAGCUCCACAAAAGUCUGGCCUGGAACUUAGCAUAGAGAAGUCUGUGGCUGAAGGUGACAUUGAUAAAGCUGAGGAGCUGAGUGACAGAUUAGCAACUCGUGAGCUUGGUGUGAAAAUUGCCAAAGCUGCUGCUUGCCGCAACUUUGUAAAAGCCAAACAAGAAGCAGAGGCUGUCCAAGAAGCUCGAAAGAAAAAGAAGCUUGCUUGGGGGUUUGAAGCUAAGAAAAGAUGGGAAACAAAAAGCAACAUGGGAUACAUGUAGUCCAUCCUGUUUUCCUGGGGAGUCAAAUUCCCACUGUUACUUGAAGUUUUGUGGGUGACUAAAAACACACAUAAGCACACAUAAAAUCAUUCAAAGAAAGCUUGAAACGUGAAGAAAAUCAGCUAAAACAAACGGAAAAAAAGCAACACAGCAAAUCCUUGUUUCCUCCUAAUCCUGUGAGAUUACACUAGGUUGGUUUGUCGUUCUUCCAGUGUAGCAAAAAUGCUUUCUAAAAAUCAGUACUGUGUUAAAGACACUGUGUUUCUCCAAAAUGUAAAUAUUAGUGUAAUGCAUUGCAGAAUGCAUUUGAAGUCUGGUAGAGGGUUGACUAAAGAUGGAAUAAAAUACUCGUUCCAGA